GGCGCUUGGUGCGUAACAAUUUCUCAACACGCAAUUUGAAAAGAAAAAAAUGAUGAUACUGAUGGUGGUGUUGGCUCUUGCAGCGGCGGGUCUCCUCUUCCGAUGGUGUGAGCAAGGCCGCAACCGCCGUCUACCUCCCGGUUCCAUGGGGUGGCCUUACAUCGGAGAAACCCUGAAACUCUACACUCAAAAUCCCAACACCUUCUUCUCCACUCGCCGCAAAAGGUAUGGUAAUAUAUUCAAGAGUCACAUAUUGGGGUGCCCCUGUGUGAUGAUAUCAAGCCCAGAAGCGGCCAAGAUGGUUUUGGCGAGCAAAGCUCAUCUCUUCAAGCCAACCUACCCACAAAGUAAAGAGAGAUUGAUAGGACCGGCGGCGCUCUUCUUCCACCAAGGCCACUACCACUCUCUGCUCAAGAGAUUGGUCGCCGCCUCAUUCUCUCCCUCCGCCAUCCGAGCCUCCGUCGCCUCCGUUCACACCAUUGCUCUCAAACUUCUCUCCAGCUGGGAACAUGCCACCAGCCCCAUAUGCACCUUGCAACAGAUGAAAAAGUAUGCGUUUGAGGUGGCGAUGGUAUCGGUGUUUGGAGGGGAGGCGGAGGCGGAAACGGAAGGGAUAAGGUGUUUGUAUGGGGAAUUGGAGAAAGGGUACAACUCGAUGGCGGUGGAUAUUCCGGGAAGUCCGUUUUACAAGGCGAUGAGGGUGAGGAAAGCGUUGAAUGAGAGGUUGAUGAAGAUAAUUGAGAGGAGAAGAGGAAAUGGAGGGGGAGGUGGAUUGCUGGGGAAUAUGCUGAGAGUGGAGUUGGGUGAAUUGGCUGAUUCUCAAAUAGCUGAUAACAUAAUCGGAGUCAUUUUCGCAGCUCAUGAUACCACAGCCACUGUGCUGACGUGGCUCCUCAAGUAUUUGCACGACAAUCCCAAUCUCCUCCAAGCUGUUGCGGCGGAGCAAGAGGGUAUUGCACGCAAACUACAACUAGAGGGAGACCGGGGGCUUACGUGGGAUGACACCCGAGACAUGUCGCUCACUACCAGGGUGAUACAAGAAACGCUUAGAAGUGCAAGUAUAGUUUCAUUCACAUUCAGAGAGGCGGUUGAAGAUGUGGAGUUGGAAGGGUAUGUGAUCCCCAAAGGAUGGAAAGUGCUUCCUCUCUUCAGAAGCAUCCACCACACUUCAGAUUUCUUUCCCCACCCACAUAAAUUCGACCCUUCUAGAUUUGAGGUAUCUCCUAGGCCAUACACAUACAUGCCCUUCGGAAAUGGGGUACAUUCAUGUCCCGGCAGUGAGUUUGCUAAGCUUGAGAUGCUAGUCCUCCUCCACCACCUCAUUACUACUUACAGAUGGAGAGUGAUUGGGGAAGAGGAUGCAAUACAGUAUGGGCCUUUUCCAGUGCCUAAAGGAGGACUGCUUAUUCACGUCACGCAUCGGAGUCGGAGACGGGAAAAUAUCUCUACCAGCAUCUCAUCAAUCACCCAAUAAAUUAAAAAUAGUAGUAAUUCAGAGGGAAAAAAGUGGGAACAAAAUGUAUCCCGCGUGUAUUCCUUCAUUAAGAUCACAUCAUGUUUUUGUUAUCUUCGUUGUCACAUACGUGUCGUUCAAUUUCAUUGGUAUCAUGUGGAUUCAAUUGA